AGAGCUGCAAGAAGUUACAUGCCGGGCGUUGACGGCUCAUGAAAUUGAACUCGUUUUUUUCACCAACCGAAGCUGCAGUGACUAGAUGGACCACCUGGACAACUCCACCCAGUCUUCCACGCACUCCCCUUUUAGUGCACAGGCGGCGCAAAGUGGCGGAAACGCGUACUUGUACAUUUUAAUCGUCAUCUCUUUCUACGGAGUCUUUCUCUGCGGUAUCAUGCUGGGUUACUUCCACUCCAAAAGGAAGGAGAAGAGGAGGACCAACAUUUUCACGCGCCUCGUGCACGAGGAGGAGCAGCGGGAGUGGGGCGCGCUUCCCAAGAAGCACAGCCUCUCUUUUGGGGCGGAGGCCGCCGCGGGAGCGCGCUCGUUCAACCUGGCUUUGCCGUUCUGCGCUAACCACGGAAACCCCUUUGGACAUCUUCGCCACGAGGGGGUGCUGCCCUCUCCGCUCGCGUGCGCGCUCUGCACGGAACAAAGCAGCGUCAGCUCCCUAUGCUCCUCAGCGGACACGCGCUUGGCCAUCGAGGAGGAGGAAUCGGACAGCGGCACUGGGGAAGGUCCGGAUGAAACCCCCAAGGGGCCAGUGGAAAACGUUGGGGAAGACUCGGGCUGAAAGAAAAAAAAAACAAGAAAGGAAGGACGCAAAAGCUCAGUGGCGCAAAGACUGGAACCAAAAUGUGGCAAAAAUAACUUUGCAGUGUACUUAAGUAGAAGUACAGAUGCGUACGAAGAGAUUUUAGUAUGGGGUCUCAAAUUCAAUUCAUCCUGCUGGAGAGUGGGCCACAUCAAGAGUUCCACAAUAAUGUUUCAAGUGUUAACAAAAGAGUAGGCCUACCGUAUACGCGGAGAUUAAAGGGGGUCUGGACGAAAAUGUCAUUGCAUAUAAUAGAAUUCCCUAUAUUUGAAUUCAAAAUCAAGACUUUGCCGGUAAAAUGUUGUCUAUAUAAAUUGUAAAGCAAUAAAACAAACAACAAAAGUGAAUUAAAUGAACAAAAAAAUUUUUUUAUAAUGGGUAAAAAAUUUUUUUCGAACACAUCAUAUGACUAGCACAUUAGAGACGGCUAUUUGCUUUGCUUGGCCAAAACCACUUGAGGACAGAUUCUGGCUGGAAUAUUCAGUCAAAAAGGAUGCAGCGUGUACUUCUCCAAUAGGUAAGACAGGAAAACGUGUGCGCUUACACCAAUGGUGUAGGUUUGGGUUCAACAUUGGUAGGGAACAGCAUAACAUGCAUGUACACUUUUUGCUGGGGACGGGACAUUAAUAACACCAAACAGAUUGGGUAAACGGGGGCCAGGACUAUAUUUCUCACGAAUAUGAACCUAUGAGCCUAAUUAAUAGGCUAACUGAUCACUGCAAAAUAAACCUGUAUUGAGCUAUACCAGUGCUUCUCAAUUAUUUUGUGUUACGCCCCUCAUAAGAAGACACUAUGCACUGAUGCGCUGGUCUUCAUGGGAAACGCAGUCUUCAAAAAACUACUGCUUUUGUCCACCAGCGUCGCUGAAAUCGACCAAAACUGAAAAGUUACCAAGUGUUGCUUUAAGACCGCAUAAACAAAACAAAAAUGAAAAUUGGGUAGAAGGGGGUAAACCUCGGUUCACUACAUUUCUCACAGUUUAAUUAAUGUUAACAGCAGAAAAUACAUACAAAAGUGGAGGGCACUUCUCUCUAACCAGCUUCCUGCUCGAGUUUUGCAGGUUAGCAAAU